GCGGUGGCGGCCGCCUACGUUCUUGGAACGGAGAUAGGCAGCAGGGUUUUCCAAGAGCAAACUGGCGCGGAGAUCGAGCCAAACUCCGAGGUCCCGGGAGGAGAGAAAGCGAGACGGGGCAGGGACCUCGGCGCAGGUCCGUAACGGGUGCGUAGGAGUUCGCGAGGUGGGCGGGCCGAGCCGAAAGUGGACCCGCAGUUAGCGCGCGCUCCGCCCACAAGAUGAGCUCCAAGGCGAAGAAACGCGUGGUGCUGCCCACUCGCCCCGCACCUCCCACGGUGGAGCAGAUCCUGGAGGACGUGCGAGGGGCACCUGCUCAAGAUCCUGUUUUCACUGCCCUGGCCCCGGAAGACCCCCCAGACCCAUUCCCAAGGGCUGAGGACUCUGAGAUCCAGCAGGAGCAGAUUUACCAACAGAGCCGGGCCUAUGUGGCCAUGAAUGAGAGGCUGCGCCAGGUUGGGGAUAUGCUGAGACAGAAGUUCGAUGGCCUUCGGCAAGCUGGUCAGCGGCUGGAACAGGAUAUCAGCCAGGUGACUUCAGCCACCUCCUAGAGCCGAGGUUAUACCUGAUGUGCUUGGUCCAGGCCUGGGCACCUAGGAACCAGAGGCUCUGGGUCAAUAUUUGCUGUCCCAACCCUGGCCUGGGGAGACCCAGUGGACCACCCUGCCAGCUUGCAACUUUGUCCCCUCUUCCAUCCUUAAUGGCCUCUAAUUCGUGAUGGGACUUGGGGACAUGACCACCUCAUUCAUGGGGACUCCGGCCUAGAUUGCAUCGAGGACUUGACUGCAGGUCAGGGCUCAGAGCCAGUCUGCCCUGCCCCAUAGUGACCAGCAUGCUCUUCUGUCCCAUGUCACCCUGGGCAGUGAAGGUCUCCACCCCAGCAUCCUCAGCAGGCCAGCCACUAGCAUCUUGGUUGAGAGGAUGGGCUAGCUGCCUGCUUCUUAGAGCCUGACUCAGGCCCUACAGGGCCCCACUGCCUUCUCAGCUCUCCCUUCAGGAGCCCAGGAGGUCCAAGAGGAGCCCAAAGGCCGGGGCACUGUGUGUGGUGAACAUUGCCCCUUCUGGACCUGGAGUUUGGUUUGCCUUCUUGCAGAAGACCCACUACUCUUGGGGUGGCUGGACUUUAGUUCUGGAAGAUUAAAGAUGUUUGAUGGUACUGGGUGUGGUGGCGCACGCCUUUAAUCCCAGCAGAGGCAGGUGGAUUUCCGAG